AUGGCUCGGCUCGAUGGAUUCCGAAACCCCCUUCAGGCGCUCUGGCCCGCCACCAACGCGGAGGCGCGGAAAGAGCUCCUCAAGGCAGAGGCAGAGGCAUUUGAAAUGAUAGCCGCCCAUGUCCAAGAUGACAUCGCGGAUGCCAUCAUGGUCUAUCGGAGCCUCGCAAGAUAUGCAGGCCAGGAAUAUGGACUAAAGAAGCAAGCCAGAGUCUCUAUUGAGAGGGCCCAACAAGCCCUCCAAGUAUUCGAACAGCAUCUCAAGGAGGGAUUCGAGGGGGGAGCGAAAUCUAUUGAUCUAUACCGCGCCAGGAUUCAACUAUAUCUCUUAUCCCUCCAGUCUGCCCAGUCAAACCUAGCGCGUCGAAUUGAGUGGAUGAGGGCUGCCUUAUCUGAUCUAGAGAAAAAUCCUAACGCCUCGAAGGUGGAGGACGGCCUUCCCUUGAGCGUUCCUCCGAACGAACGGCCGGGCUGGGUUGACACGAAGGAGGACACGAAGGAGGACACGAAGGAGGACACGAAGGAGUAG